AUGCCUGGGUACCCCAUGCUCAUCAGUGUGUUCUGGAGAGGGCUGCCACCAAAGAUCGACGCAGUGUACGAGAACAGCGAGGGCAAGUUUGUCUUCUUCAAAGGGAAGCAGUACUGGGUGUUUAAGGACACAGUGCUGCAAGCCGGGUACCCGAAGGACAUGUCUCAGUUUGGACAUGGGAUGCCCGUGCAGAGUAUCGACACAGCCGUGUGGUGGGAAGACGUGGCCAAGACCUACUUCUUCAAAGGCGACAGGUACUGGCGUUACAACGAAGAGAUGAGAACCAUGGAUCCCGGAUACCCCAAGCCCAUCUCAGUGUGGAGGGGUGUGCCCGAGUCACCCCAGGGAGCAUUUGUGGACAAAGCCAAUGGUUUCACAUACUUCUACAAGGGGAAAGAAUACUGGAAAUUCAACAACCAGUUCCUCCGUGUUGAGCCUGGAUACCCGCGCUCCGUCCUCAAAGACUUCAUGGGGUGCGAACUCUUGCCCAUUGACCCCAACCGGCAACCGGGCGACGAUGAGACUUCGAACGUGUUCAUAGAGCUGGAGAACGAAGCUAGCACUGUUAAAGCCAUUGCCAUUGUCAUCCCCUGCAUUUUGGCCUUGUGUCUACUGGUCCUGGUCUACACCGUGGUCCAGUUCAAACGGAAAGGCACGCCGCGGCACAUACUGUAUUGCAAACGCUCCAUGCAAGAAUGGGUCUGA